AUGGCGGCCAACAUCGAGCAAAUCUUUCGCGAUUUCGUAGUAAAUAAGAUAAAAGAAAUUGAAGAUGAGAGUCAAGAUAUCAUGUAAAUAUGUUUUUAUACAGUUUACAUUACUGGCAUGAAUGGUUUGUUCGGGCAAUUUGAGAAAUGUAUAUUCUUCUGUGCUGGCCUACUAGCUAGCUAACUUGCGUGUCCAGUACAAAGUGUGCUAGGCAGGCAGUUUCUAUGGCUACAAUGUAUUUAGCUAGCUAGCUAAGUAGCUGAUUAAUAACACAGUAGUCUCAUGGGUUGGUUCUUGCAAAUAUUAUGAUACUGUGGUUAUUGGGUUCAAGCAAACCAGGUAGCUAACGUUAGUUUGUUCGCACUACGCACCUUCCUAGCUAGCUAAUCAUGCUAAAUGCGGAUUGCUAACAAGCCAACGUUAGCAGUUUACCAGGACGCGAUCUCUUUGCUAGAACUGCCCCAAAACGUUGGUUUGGCAGACUCACAGUGUGCGAAGGCAAUACAUAUAAAUUACAUAUACAAACUUUGGAUUAUCCGGACUUUCAAUUUAGCUAGCUAUGUCAAAAACAAUGCCGGGGACUUGUAGUUAUGCCUUUGAGUUUUCAUGUUACACAAUCACAUUCUAAUUUGAGGUUAAAUAACUAAAGGUAGCUAGCUAGCUCGCCUGUCAGUUGUUAUUAUGUAGACUACGUUAUACAUGUAUCAAUCAAGCUCAUGCAUACUUAGAUAUUGGCCUUUAACGUUGUGUCCAGUGUCAUGUUGUUAAAAACCAAGACCCCUGCUGAUAAGAAAGUUGAAGGACCCUACUGUAAGUUCAAGUACAGGUGUCAUCUCAUACCUGCAUUCUCUCUAUUAAGUCUGACAGAUGAAGGCCAUCCCAAUGGUAAAACUGCAGAAAGAGCAGAUGGGAUCAACAACACACAAGGUCAGUAACACACGGGCUGUAUCUCAAUAGUCCAAAGUGAUAUUCUCUCAUCUCCUUUCCUUUAUUUGCACUGAUACUACAGUUGUGAUCAGGUGAAAACAUCUAUUUCAAAUGAAAUUCUAAUGUUAAGUAAUGUACUGUAUUAUUUAUGCAGAUAAAGAUGGCGUAACCAAUAAGGAAGAGGGUGAUGUCCCACAAAAGAAACACAAGAAACACAAGAAGCACAAGAAACACAAAAGCAAAAAGAAGAAACGUAAGGAAGAGAAAGAGAGUGACUCAGAAUCGGCAGCAGACUCAGAUGGAGACCAGGCAAAGACUGGUAAGUAGUCUCACGCUACUACUAAGUAUAAUACUAAGCAUAUGCAUAACAGCAGUGGUGGACCUUUUCAGUUUGAUGUUAAUAAUCAGCCGACUACUUAAAGGUCCAUUAUGUAGCUUUGUGCACAACGAAAUUCACAUUGAAAUGUGAGUUCUAGAUCUGUCAUUCUCAUUGAAAGCAAGUCUGAUAAGCGGUAGAUCCGUUUGUGUCUUUUUACAACGUUUUUGGUUAUUGAAAGUAUAUUUCAUAGCAGUUUAGCUAGAUGGUACAAUGAUUCUCCUACACUAAAUAUUGCUUGUUUUGUCACAAACUGAAAUUUGGCAAACACAUAAUUUUAGCAACCAGGUAAUGUCGAUUUCUACAUAUUGUGCCUUUAACACUAUUGAAUCAAAUGUCAUGAUGAUUAAUUUCUCAAAUAUUGUCAUUAAUUCCACAGGGGAAGAGGAUGAUGGGAGAUCCAAGCGGCAUAAACGACAUUCUGGGAAGAAGAAGAAGAAAAAGCGGAAGAAAGAUGGCGGUAAGUCCAACAGCUCAUCUGAAUCGGAGUCCCGAGUCGAAGCCUAAGCCAGGGAACAAGGAGAGCAAACCUCAGGAUCUGCCUGAUAUCAUCCCUAAACUAGAGGAGAAGUGUUCUGAAAAGUCCUCCUCCAGACGCUCACGGUCUCGUUCAGGCAAGCGCAGGUCCAGAUCCCGGGACAGGAGAGGGAGAUCCAGAUCGAGGUCCGGUAGAAGAGGUGUCGGACACACACGUUCCAGAUCAAGGCACCGGAGGUCCGGGUCGCGUUCUAGAAGGUCCGGGUCCAGGAGAGGCAGGAGAACCCGGUCAAGGUCCCUCGUGAUCUUGAAGAAAGACAGACGGUCCAGAUCGAGAUCCAGAAGGCGAUCGAAAUCUAAGACGAGAUCUCAGUCGAGACGCAGAGAGAUGAGUUCAAGAUCUCCCUCUCCGUCCAGAAACGACAAAUCCAAAUCCGGGUCUGCCUCAAGAGACAGCCCAUCGGCCGAGAAGGAUCCCUCUGCGGCCCUGGCCAAAGAUGAGUCUGCUGUGAAAGACGAAAACGUAAUGGUUCCAAUCGAUCCGCCAGCCCUAGCUUCCGAAAGCAGCAUUGAUGGUGUCGUCAAUAUGGCCGUCGCCUCUGGAGGAGGGUGGAAGCCGAUACCCUUAUUAGGGGACAGCAAUAAGGGAGAGCCAGCCGUUUCCUCCCAGCACUCAGAAUGUCUGACGUCUCCACAGAAGUGCCCUAUUCCUCCCGAGGUGCCUUCAGGUGAGCAGCAUGAGGCCUCCCCUGACCACCAUUCAACGUCAGUCUCUGAUCCUAACCACAGCUGCCAGCCAACUGGUGAGCCAGGGGAAUCGGAUGGACCUGUUACUUCAGAAACCCUGUAUGGCUCUGUAGAUUCCCUACCCCCCAAAACGGAUGCUGAUGGAGGGGACAAGGUGACACCUCAGGGUGAAGAUGGAGAGCUGCCUGCCUCACCUCAACCUAAAUCACAGCCAACAUCUGGAGAGGCAGAGACGACAGAGAAGGAAGGAGCAUCUUCAAAGUCCAGGUCUCCUUCAAAGAGGAAAAAGUCCAGGUCAAAGUCUCCUGCUCAGAAGAAACGCUCUGAUGCAAAGUCCUCCAAGAAGAGGAGGUCCAGAUCCAAGUCUCCAGGGAGGAAGAAGAAAUCAAGGUCCUCGUCGCGAAGCCGCAAGAGGAAGUCCAAAUCUAGGACGCCGUCUCGGAGGAAGAAGUCUCGUUCAAAGUCUGGGACGAGAAAGAAGAAAUCACGAUCCAAAUCCAGAACGCGGAACAAGCGCUCAAAGUCUAGGUCACCGAAAAGGAAACGGUCCAAGUCACGGUCUCCUGCUCGGAGGUCAAAGCGAUCGAGGUCGCGCUCCGGUUCGCGGCGGAGGGGGAGGGGUGCAUUCGGCAGCCACCAGCUGAGCCAGAGGGACCGCUGGAAGCGUGAGCCAAGCCACUCCCCAGUCCUCAUCCUCCGCAAGAAGAGGUCCCCGGCACGCACCAACCGCGACACCAGCAAAAGCCCGCCACGACUCACAGAGCUGGGUAAGCAUGUCACAACAUUUUUUGCAUGAUCAAUGUAUUUGAGUUGAAUAACUUUAUUUUCCCUAAGGGUAACUUGAAAAAAACACAGGUGUACAGUAAGUGCAGUCUCAAUGCAAGUUUGUGAUGUGUUCCUCAUCCCUCCUCACAGAUAAAGACCAGUUACUGGAGAUUGCUAAGGCUAAUGCAGCCGCCAUGUGUGCCAAGGCCGGGAUACCCAUCCCAGAGAGCCUGCGACCCAAAGCAGUCCUCCAGCUGCCUUUACCCAACCCCAUGUCCUUCUCCAUGCCCAUGAAUAUGAACAUGCCCAUGAACAUGACUAUGAACAUGCCUAUGAGCAUGACCAUGAAUGCAGCUAUGGCUAGCAUGACGGCUGCCACAAUGACGGCUGCCCUGGCCAGUAUGGGAUCUAUGGCCUCCAUGCACCAGAUGGCCCCGCUCCCCAGCAUCACCAACAAGCCCCCGCCAGGUCCCCCCCAGCCCAACAUGGCCACCAUCGAGGAUGUGAAGAGGAAGGUGGCCAAGCAGGCCAACAGCAUCAGCAUCAAGGAGUUCACUGACGUAAGUGCUCUUCAAUGUCAUGACGAUGACAAUCGUAUAAUAAUAUGCUUUGGAGAAGAUUUACUAAGCAUUUGUCCUGGUGCAAAAUGUAGACCUGCACCUUUUUUAUAAAAAACACAAAUCUUAGACAUGAAAUGGAAACACUGACCCUCUAGCUGUGGCCUGUGUGUCUUUGUAGAAGUGUAAGAAGAUAGUGGAGAGGGGAGGGGAGCUGGCCAUCGCUGAGCCCCGUAUAUCUGACGACGAGGAAGACGGCAAACCGUUUGGACGAGCCGCCCUGAGGGAGGUCAAGGGCAUCUCCUUCAGCCUCAAUGUAAGAACAUGGAACACACACACACACAGCAUCAACAUGUCUUUCAUGAAUAUACAGUACAUUCUGAGCUUAACCAUUUGCAAAUGUAUCGAGGUAGUUUGAACUGAUAUUUAGUUUUCAGAACAUAGUUACUGUUCGAACAUAGUUAAAGAGUAGUUACUGUUUAGAUACUGUGUGGGACUGAAGAGAUGUGCCUAACUGGGUGAAUGGUUGAAGUGAACUGCAGUAUGCCGUCUGCUGUCUGUUUUGCCCCGGGCUGAUGUUAAAAGAGCUGUUCCUAUUGCUGCCACAUUAUAUUUUACAACAUAACAUACUGUUUUUCCCAUUGGGCCAACAUAGGCAAUGGGCAGAUGGGCAAAGCAGACAGCAAGCCUCCUUGGGCCCAGAACUAAACCAGGUAGAUUUAUACUCUUGCGCACUUUCCCACAAACUUCCACCCCAAGGAGACCUCAGUCAUGUGAGUGAAGUUUGCCGGUUGAAGUGCACUGGAGAUAAAUCUACCUGAUUGAGACUGGGCCCAAUAACUGCUAUGAUAACAAGCCAUUCCUCUUCAACCAUUCCCCUUGUUGAAACACACCUUUUUGUCUUUUUAUAUUUUUUCCUCCCCAUUUUUUUAACAGUAACCCCCCCCCCACCCCUCCUACUCCUGUGCUGCCCCUCCUCCCUCCUCCUCUCUCAGAACGCGUCCGUGCGUCCAUCGCCGGCGUUGGCGGUUCGGAGCGAGGCGGCGUUCGCCAAGGAGUUCCCCGUGUCAUCGGGCUCCCAGCACAGGAAGAAGGAGGGCGACGGGGGAGGGGCUUACGGAGAGUGGGUGACCGUCGACAAGAAGGCGGAAAAGGCCAAAGCGGCGGCGGCGACCAAGGCCUUGGCAACGGCUGCCAAGGAAACUUCGCCUGGGGAUGCGCCUUUGUCUGCGGUGUCCGUGGCAACGGAGGAGCCGGCGAUCGUCAAGGAGAGUGAUAGUGUGUUCCCGGAGCCUCCGCUACAGGUGGGACACGGCGGGGAAGGAGAGGACGGGGGAGGAGGAGGAGAGGGGGAGGAUGGGAUAAGGUGACACUAAGAGAGAUGAGGGGGUUUUAGGAGAGUCGUCGUGAAAGAGGGAGAGAGAAACGGAGUUGAGUAAAGAUAUUCUGCAUUUCAAAAUCAUACGCUUUGAAAAUAUAUAUGAUUAUUUUUGUAUUUUAGUUUUAACCCAGUGUUUUACCACAUUUAGUGGUUUGGAUCAGUGGUUUCCGAAGUGGUGGGUCACUGCUGAUUCCUAUUGGGACGUAGUUUGAGACCAGGUUCUCUGGUUCCACACCGUAGCUAGAAACAUUGGUAUGGUUGAUUUGAAAGUAGAAAAGUCCAGAAGCCUUAGGUGCGGUGACAUACCCAGUAGGAGAAAAAGAUGUGGGAACCACUGGUUUAGAUGGGAUGGUGAGUUUAGUUGUAAUGCCAUACCAGUGCUCCUCAUCUGACCCUAUAGCAGCAUUGACUGUGUUUAGCUGGAAUAGCUGUUUCGGAGGUCGGCAUGUAAAACACUGACCCUCCUCCCCCACCAAUUCCAAAUUGAAUGUACAAUCAAGGGCAUUAUUUGACCUCUCAAAUCUCAGAGCAAUGCCAAUGAAUAACCUGACCCCCAGGGGAUGACAAGUGGUUUAUAAUUGAGUUAUCGAUCAGUCAUCAAUCAUCAGAUGGGCGGAUCAAUGAGAAAUCGGCUGACGUCAUCCGUGACCUCGCUGUUAAUUUGUGCUUAUUUUGUAUUUGAUGCAACUGUUAUUAAACAAAUCUGGCUGAAAAUCCGCAGGUUGCGUUUUAUUUUUUGGGGGGGGGUACAACUGUACUAAUACUGACAACUCAAAAAAAUACAAAUACUGACAACUACGUAGAUGUAUGUAGUUAUAUAUAACAACUGAUCUAGGUCUCAUGGGAUAAGUCUAGAUUAGUUUUAUUGUAUUAGUUUUAUCUGCUGUUCACUGGUGUAUGUGUGUGCAGUAUUGUGUUUUUGCAUGUAUGUGUGUGAAUGACUGGUGUGUGUGUGUGGUGCUGACUUUUGUGUCUCCCCCUCUAGCCUGUAGACAUCACCCAGGCAGUUGGUGAGAGGAUGAAGGCCCAGAAGCGUCUGGCGGAGAACCCGUACGACGUCAGCGCCAUCUGCAUGCUCAGCCGUGCUCAGGAACAGGUAAACAACAACAACAAGCAUUCGUAUAAGCAUAAUGUACACACACACACUCCUAUCUUUUCACCUCCUGUCUCUCACACACACACACACUAACCCUUCCUCUCUGUUGGAAGGUGGAUGCGUGGGCCCAGUCCAACACCAUCCCUGGUCUGUUUACAGGUUCUACUGGAGCCACGGUGCUCAGCUCAGAGGAGCUGUCCAACAGCGGACCACAGGCCUGGAUCAAAAAGGUACCAUCCACUGUCUUACCUGCUCCACACACACUCCCCUCACCCCAAACAUACCACCCCACUACCCUACAGGUGUCUGCAUCGCCCCAUGCCCACUGGUGUACCCACUUCACAAGCCUUACACUCCUCAGCCUGCUCCCAAAUCAAAUAACUGGAUGACUGUGCGCAUAGAGCCAGAGCUAUAUACUGUAUUUAGUUAGACAAAUGUUCUGUUGACGUAGAACAGACUGGGUUAGAAUGGAAUAGUUCCACUGUUACUCAGUGGAAUCCAGGUCCGAUGUAACAGCCCCGAAACGUGGGGUCCACUGUUACUAUGGCAACCCGUGUCAGCGCUAACGCACGUAGCUUUCUUCCUGUUUACCGAUGUCUGGAUGUGUGUGUGUGUGUGGGUGAGCAUCUGUUGUCUGUAUUGUUUGUUUGUGUGUGUGUGUGUUUCUGUCUGCGUCAGAAAAAGAUCCCCUGACGUUAAAGGAAGCCUGUUGUUUAUGUUGACUCACCCUAAUAUUUGCACUGCAGUCUGUUACAGUGGUAACAUGAUGCACCCAGUCUUUAAUCUUGAUCUUUAAUCUGACAUACAGAGAUAUCACCAAAUACCCUGAAACUAAAAUCACCCCCCACCCCUCCCCUCGCAACACACACACACACCCUCACUAAUAAAAUUUCCUGUGAAGUGGGUACACCAUGUUAAGGGUAGCGAUGCAGAUUCCUUACAUGUGACAUUCUUACCAAAGCAGGUGCAAAUGCAGUACUGACACCCGGCUACUAGUGGUGCGCUGGUCUGACACCCGGCCACUAGUGGCGCUCUGGUCUGUCCGCUAAAUAGUCCCCCUCGGAGUCGGAAUAGGGACUCGGAGAAUGAGGGAGGGAGGGGAGGAAGGAAGAGGAGAGCUGGAAGUAAGUCUGCAGACCCCAGACCCCCCCUUGUCCUCUAGCACCCCAGGGCAGGGCAGAGAUUAUGGGUCCAUCUCAAUAGUCUAAAGAAGUUUCCUCGUCUCUUUCCUUGGAUUCACACUGAUCUCAGAACACUGGAAAGGGGAAAGCACUAUUCUUUCACCUAUCCUGCCCUUUAAGAUCAGUGCAGAUGUUAGUGGGGACAUUAGGUGAGGACGUCACUUUAGACUAUUCAGAUGCACCCUAAGAUAGCAUGACUGUAGAGACUAUAGGAACCCGUCUCCCUAAAGCUGUGUCUCCCUAUCACUCCCCACACCCAGAAUGUCAUCAGGCCCAGAGAUAACCAUAGUCAUUUGUCCUCUGUCUGUGGACCCCCCUGAACCCUUCUACGUGCCCUAUGGUUUUUCUAUAGUGGGCUGUUUGAAGCCAGUGUGUGUAACUGUACCCCAAGCCUCCCUGAGCUCUGUAAACACACACAGAGGCAGGGGGCUACUGUACUGUUUUAAUACACACCCUGGGAGCUAAAUUAAACAUCCUGAGGAAUCUCUCUCUCAGGUUAGGUUACACAUUGUCACAUCAUUUUGCUGUAGAGAGAGUGAUGGAUCUGCUGAGUUCAGUCUUCAUUUAACACGACACGUCCUUCACAUGCUUGUCACAGGUCACAGAUGCUAUGGGCAUAUGCUAUGGACAUGUUCAGAGACAUGAUAUAGGGAUGAGAGGGCAUUGAUCAUACUAAUGUUACAGUAACAUGCAUUUGCUAGCAUUACAGCACGCUAGCAUUACAGCAGCUAGCAUUGACUUACAGCAAGCUAGCAUUACAGCAGCUAACAUUGAUUUACAGCACGCUAGCAUUACAGCAGCUAACAUUGAUUUACAGCACGCUAGCAUUACAGCAGCUAACAUUGAUUUACAGCACACUAGCAUAAGCACCAUGAUGUUUGUGUGGAUGUUGGGUGCCCCUAGCAACCAGUCCUGGUGCAUUCCAUUACCCAGUAGAUGAGUGGGGUCUAGUUUUAGACCAGUCAGUGGUCUCCAACCCUAGUCCAGGCUAUGCAGGAUUUUGUUCCAUCCCAGCACAGUCAUAUAGGUUAGUGCUGGGCUGUAACAAAAACCUGCACACUUUAGCUCCAGGACCACAAUUGGAGACCACUGCCUGAGGGAGAUCUCUGCUCUGAGGGACCUAGGCUAGUUACAGGUGUCCAUGGACAUGCCUGUGCUCUUUCCCUUGCCCUGGGGGAGGCUGCGAUCAGAAGUUGCUCAUAGGCACAGAUCUAGGAUCAGCUUCCCUUCUGCAAAUCCUAACUCCAAACUGACCUGAGAUCAGUGUCUAGGGGCAACUUCCUCCCAGUCCUUGGGGAAGACCGAGGAAGGGGGUCGAAAAGAGGGGUCUGGAUUGGAGCAGAGGGAGAGAGAGGUGUGGGUUCACAGGGGUGACCUGUGAACUUUCACCUCUCUGUGUAUUGGACACUCGUUUCAGGGUCAGUCCUUGUAGCUGUCCUUGUUGCCAUGGCCACAGUCAGGCCCCCUCUCAUUUCCUGUCUGACGCUGGGCCGGUGAUGGGGGGCUAGGUACGUACACCACACAGCGCCUUACUGUACAUCUUGUGUAACCAGUGUGUGUGUGUGUGUCAGAGAGAGUGAGAAAGUGAGAGAAAAAGUAUGUGUGUGUGAGAGAGCGACAGAAAGAAAUGGUGUCAAGGUACAGCCCCCUCUUAUUUACCUACAUGUGGUAUAAUGUGUGAAGAAAUUAGCUUCUCGGCUGUGUCUUGAGUUUCACCAGAGUAUUUAUUUGAUUUAUACUUUUAGUUGAUUUCAUCUGUACUCUUUUAAUGUGUUUAGAUGUUUCUCUAGAAAUGUUCUCUCAGAAACGUAGGAUUUUCACAGUGCUCAAAGCUGCCACCACAGAUAGUUAAUUCUAGUGUUUUACGUAGGUGUAGUUAAUUCUAGUGUUUUAUGUAGGUGUAGAGGUUACUACAGACAGUAACACAAUCACCCUUAACUGUUAUUCAGAGGCAUGUGAGAGUUGUUCUGAAGGUAGUCUCUAACUCAUGUCUGACUGUGACAGUGGUGUGAGUGAGUGGAUUAGGUGGUUGAGAGAUGUUUUCAGGGUGGAAACUAAUUAUCUGCUUUCGCCUCUCUGCCUUUUUCUUCUCUUCCUCCUCACUCCAUGGUUCUCUCUUCUGUUGUUCUCCCUCUCUUCUCUCCUCUCUCCCUCUCGCUCUCUCUCUCUCUGUAGGACCAGUUCUUGCGAGCAGCCCCGGUGUCGGGAGGAGUAGGGGAGUUCCUCAUGAGGAAGAUGGGAUGGCGGACGGGGGAGGGGCUAGGGCGACACCGCGAGGGCACUGUCGAGCCAAUCAUCAUCGACUUCAAGACUGACCGCAAAGGUGAAAUUCAGUACAAACCAUUACGGAGACCCAUCCUUUACGCCAAAGCAUUAUGCAUCAUAAUAUUAUGCCACAAGGCUAUUAAUGAUGAUUAAUAAUGUGUGUAUAAUCUGACCGUAGGUCUGGUGGCUGAAGGAGAGAAGACUCAGAAGUCGGGCGGUAUGGUUGUGAUGAAGGAUCUACUGGGUGAGUACACCACACACACAGGAUUUUAACUCAUUCUCACUCAAUUGACCAAUAUUGCAUUUUAUUUGCUAUAGAAUCAAUCAAUUAGAAUUGUAUUGAUUUAAUGAAUGUAUUAACCAUCUGCUCCCCCAGGUAAGCACCCAGUGUCUGCUCUGAUGGAGAUGUGUAACAAGAAGAAGUGGAUUCCUCCAGAGUUUGUUAUGGUGACCCACAGUGGCCCAGACCACCGCAAGAACUUCCUUUUCAAGGUGUGGAUACUUGCUGUCAGCCUAUGGGUUUGUUUAUUAGUUUAUGAAUGACUUUGUCAGAUGGUUUGCGUUAUAUAACCUCUUCCUCUCUCCUCUCUCUCUCUCUCUGUAUCCCAGGUGGUGGUGAAUGGUCAAGACUUCCAGCCCGCGUCAGCCAGUCCCAAUAAGAAGCAUGCCAAAGCCAUGGCUGCUACGGUGGCUCUGCAGGCCAUGGGAGAAGUGGCAGGGGACACAGGGCUUUAUACAGGGCCUGUGUUCACCACUGCUACCACUGGACCACUGUUCUCCUCCGCCUCCAAUGUGUAACACACACACUGGAGAAGAAACGACUUGAGCCGCAGACCCUUCUGGUUGACAUGGACAUAUAGAAUUUGAAUUCACCCACCAGGGAACGAUGAUUUGAAUCCGUUCUAUCAAGUCUUAUACAAUGUUUUGAGCCCACACACAACAAGCAUUCAGACCGUAUCUGCUGCCUAAUGGUCAACACUAGGAGAUAGUGCUAAUCUGGAAGCGAAAGAAACUUACUGAUAUUUUAAAACGGUUCCGUAACAGUUUUUUAUCCUACUUUGAAUGUUUAUCUUAUGUGUUGAAGCUCAAAUGACGUUUUCAAGAAGCUGUUCAUAGUGUUAAUGCAUUUGGGAGAAUUUUUUAAAACUCCACCAUUCUCAUGACCAAAUCGUCAAUAUCAUCAAAUGUUACCCAUUGGAACAUUCAUUUUAAAGCUGUCAAGAAAGUGAUUCACUUGAUAGUUGUCUAAUUUUGGACAGAUUAAUUUACUACUGUCUAGGUUGAGCUUUCUCAGUCCGCUUUUGUUGGUAGUGUUAUUUACAAGGCCUGUAUAAAAACAAAUUUAAAGUGUUAGCUGAAAGCGAAGAGAUGUGGGUAACAGUA